CUAGAGUGAGAACUUUUACUUUGAGACAACUGCAUUUGUUAUGAUAAGCGUUGUUGCGUCUGUCUCCGCGUUACAAAUUUCGUCGCCGAAAGCAGGAAAGAUUUCCUAUGUAAGACGACCUUUGAAAUUGCAAUAAUAGAGAACGAUUAUCCAGUAUUAAAAACAGGUUGGUGCGGUCUACGAUCUUAGGACCUAAGUUGGGAUUAUAUAGUUUUUGUCAACUUUUAGAUUAUGGGGCAUUUCUCAAAUGGAUUCAUGAAUUCUUCUAGGAACAUUUCCGAAGAGAAAAGGAUAUUGGAGCGACAAAUUGAGAUUUAUAAUAAAAGAUUUUUAGAAGUGUACAUUGUCGUCUCACUCAUCUGUCUCAUCGCUAAUUUACUUAUAAUUUUUGUUACUUUAAAGUAUAAGCGAUUACGUCAAGAAAAAUGGAACAUAAUUAUUCUCAACUGGGCCAUAAUUAACUGCCCCCUUAUCCUAAGUGCUCCCAUAACGUUUGGUUUAACUAUUUAUUUAACGCAUUUGGUAGGAGAUAGUACGUUUUGUUUUGUAAAUCACACGGAAUACACUCUGUUUCUGAUCGACAUCAUAUUAAUUGUAAUUCUCACCAUUUAUUGGUACACGAAAUUAUAUCACACGGAAAAACACAAAAAGUUCGACCAACACAUCAAAUGCGUUUUAAUAUUUCUCUACAUUUUUUUAAUAUUUCUUACGGCUUUGAAUAUAGAUGCUUGUUACAAUUCGCGGAUGUUUUCAGUCAUGGGACUGGUUUUGAUCAUAACCUAUUUGGCUUUUAUCUUAUUUAUGCCCAUCAUAAACAUCAUGCAUGCUGUAAAAAAACGAAGACUUAUAGAUUACAGCAACAGAAAAAACGUCCCGUUUAUGUUAACCAACAUAUUGUUCUUGUCUCACUUGCCAGGUUUAUUGGUCGUAUUCACUGCACCUCUCCUCAACCUUCUUACGAUUCAGAUACUUAUGAGUGUAACUUUUUUCAUUGCAACUUUGAACCCGGUUUACUUUUUGAUCGUUUUGUAUCUCUGCGACAGGAAUUACAACAUAUUUUUGAAGCACGUGUUUAGUUGUAGAUGCAGGGAGUACAAUGACGAACUUGUAGAACGACCUGUCAGUUAUAAUAAUGGAAUUGAGAAUAUAUGAUGACCGAAUGCAAA